AUGUCGAACCAGAAGCGUGUUAAUGAUGGGACAAAUGCUAAUGAUCAAUAUGAUGAUAGAUUGAUGAUUAACAAUCCAGAAAACGUGAGUGGAAAAUCCCAUGUUUCCUUUUUCAAUUUCAGUAAAAUCAACUAUUUACAGAUCACAAAUGGUGGCCCGAACCCGGUCAAAAUACAUAGAUCUGGGAACCAUCAGAUGGAGGAUUCAAGCGAAUCAAUUAAUUUUCCCGAAAGUUCAGGAGAAGUAAGUUGGCCUAAAUUUCACUCCCGUCCUCAGAAAUUGUAUUUUCAGAACGAUGUUGGCACAUCUUCUACCCAUUAUCAAUUAUCGAUCGCGGAGACCACAAAUACCACUGCUAGAUUAGAGCCAUCUGAUAAUGAGCCUUGCUUGUCUCGCAAAGUAAGACAAUUUUCAAAUUAAAAUACGCCUGACGAGACGUCUCCAAAAAGGAUACUGUACAAAAAUGUUCAAAGAAAAAUUCCCGCCCAAACCAAAAUUUCGAUUCGGGCGGGAAGCUAAUAAAAAUUUUCUAAAAUUUUUUCAUUUCACUGCACAUUUUUUCACAAAAAAAGUGAAGUGUUCAUUGAUUUUCAGCGGAUUUUGAUGAAAAUAUUCAAAAUUUUCACGUUGCACAAAAAUUUUGGGACACUCUCUUGCCAAGUGUGAAAAUAUUAUUCAACAUUUAAUUUUCAGAGUUCCACCACAUCACUUGAUUCACCUUCCUCUAAUUUCAAUCUCAUGAAAUAUAUACUUAAAGAUUAUCAUGAUUAACAGAACAUUUUUAUUUUCGAAAAAUCCUUUUUAAUUUUUAGAGCUUCAAUUUCAUCGCCUAGUUCUGAUUUUUUAAUUGUAAUACUUGUUUUUUUUGCGUUAUAUACAUAAAACACCAAAAAUCUUGCUGUUUUCGUUUUUUCUUUACCGAUAAACAGAAAAAGUGCAAGCAUUCUUUGGCCAGCGAAAAAUAACAACAUCUUAUAUUUUUGCAAAAAAAGCCUCCGUCUCUCCAAUUCAAAUUAUCUCUAACAAUCUUCCAUCGAAAACAAAAGUGCAUGAAAACAUUGGUGAGAGUAUAAAUAGGCCCUUCUCCAACUCAAACUUGUCCUAUCCUUCAUUUUGUUCACCCUGUUGUGAUUUGCGCUCUCUAGUGGCGUUUUCCAAGAUGUGAUCACAGCUCUUCUUGAUGUUCUGGUUGAGAUAAAGUAAGUGAAAAUUUGUUUUUAAGAUUUUUAAGACAUAAAAUUUUCAGGUUGCCAUGGCCUACAAUCUCCCAAACAAUUUGUCAAGCAAUAGCUGAUCGCCUUCCAGGUCAGCCAUAG